GAUGACUAAAUUAAAACUUCAUCAUUUACCUGUUUUGCUUAGCAUUAAAUCAAACAUUCUUGCAAGUGCAUAGCCACUGAAAACAGUUCACUCGCUUCUCUUCCUGUCACUAUCUAUCCACCAAUCCUUGGUUCCUUCUCUUUUCCCAACAAUUUUAGGUCUUCAAGGGUUCACACUUUCUUCUGAGGUCGUCUACACUGUUAGAGUCUCGAUCCACCAUGGAUAGCUUCAUCAAUUGGUUGGUGUCCCUGAUAAGUUGCUUAGGGUCAAAGAUUAAUCCAAUACUUGAAAAAAUCACAGGAUAUACAUUUAAUGUUAAGGAUAACUCUUGUGAUGAAGCUGGAAUGGAUGGAGAAAUGUGGUUGCUUGUUGCUGUUGCUGUUGUGGUUGCUCUGAUGGUCAUUGUUGUUGUUUGGUUUCUUUGGGAGAUGAUUGUGGUGAUUUUCAGAUGUUUUUAUCCAUGUUGUUGCAGAAGUGGGAGGACAAUGAAGGCUCCAGGGAGAGACUGUUACAUUUUAAGGGACGACUUUGAGCGCAAUCCUAGAGAUUAUUUUCGUAAACUGCGCAGUGAUCAACAUGCGUGUUUGGUUUGAAAUUUUGAAGAAGUAAACCCACGACAAAUUACUACUUUUUACUUCUUU